AAGUUUAGCGCCUAAAAAUCGUUUGCUAUAUCCUGCUGUUACUAGGUAUAUCGCAAUGGCUGAUCAGCUAACAGAGGAGCAGAUUGCCGAGUUCAAAGAGGCUUUCUCGCUCUUUGAUAAGGAUGGUGACGGCACCAUCACCACCAAAGAGCUGGGAACCGUGAUGCGCUCUCUGGGCCAGAACCCCACAGAGGCUGAGCUGCAGGACAUGAUCAACGAGGUGGACGCUGAUGGUAAUGGAACGAUAGACUUCCCAGAGUUCCUGACCAUGAUGGCGAGAAAGAUGAAGGACACAGACAGCGAGGAGGAGAUCAGAGAAGCGUUCCGCGUCUUUGACAAGGAUGGGAACGGUUACAUCAGUGCUGCUGAGCUGCGCCAUGUGAUGACAAACCUUGGGGAGAAGCUGACCGAUGAGGAAGUUGACGAGAUGAUCCGAGAAGCAGACAUUGAUGGAGAUGGCCAGGUCAAUUAUGAAGAGUUCGUACAAAUGAUGACGGCGAAGUGAAGGCCUUGUACAGAUGUUGUAUAAAUAACUUGCCUUUUUUUUCUGUGGAAUUUAUCUGUAAAAUCUUAAUAUCCCCCCUCCCUGCUGUCCAAAGGAACUGCAUGUAAACUGCAUAGGCUCUUGAGUCCCCAUGUCCCUUUCUUUUGCUGUCCUCGUGUUUUGGAGUGACGGGGUGGUUGUACAAACGGGUGCCUGUCGCAGCCCCAGGGGUUGGAGUGCGCUUAAGAAUCGUCACGUCGGCUCCGUUCUGGACGCGUGGCAACAUUGGUGACCUGUCACUUGGGGCAGCUAUGUUGCAAUGGCCUAGAGGAGUAACUCUGCAUGGACUACGGACAAAGUGUAUAUGGAAAUCUCUCAGCAUUGCACUACUGCAAAGAAAAUAAAAAAAACUACACAGGUGUAUCUUCUAGGUACACUUAAACUCUUUUUGUAUCUGCUGUUCUUUACCAGAAAACAACUUUGUUUUAAUCUUACUAUGCUUUUUAAUGUUUUACUCACUACUUUUAUGGCCUUUGGCCAUGCUUCAAAUAAUCCAUUCCAAGUUGUAUAUUUUUGUUUUCCAAUAAAAUUUACAAUUUACCCAGA